AUGGGUGAGCAUGCCUGGACAACUAAGGAGCUCGAGCAGGCGGUGGAGACAUACGGCAUCAAGAAGGUAGACCUCAAGGCAUUCAUCUUGCAGGGCGCGGUGAAGCAGCUGAACGACUACACAGCACUCGGGGUGGACCUCGGCUUCUUCAACGAGGCGACCAAGGAGCCAGUCACUCGGUUCGCGGCGGCGCUCGAUCUCGAGCUCGAGCGAUGCGACGGACUCAUUGACGACACUCAGGGCCGCUGCAAGAUAUGUCACGCGACCAAGAGAUGGAGCAAUCAUGAGGAGGCCACAAUGCACCGCAAGGAGCUCUGCCGAGCUAUGCGGAGCGGCUCGCUAAUGCAACUGUUGAGCGAGGCGACGCGAUCGGGCAUCAACCGUUGCGCGACUAGCUGGAACCUGGCAUGCCAGGCGGUCGACUACGGCCUCUAUGCCAAGCAACUCACCACGUGGCUGCACAUGCUCCCGAAGGAGCGAAUGCUUGUGCUCCACUUUGAGGACUUUGUUGAUGACCGGCAAGAGAACCGCCGGCGCGCCUACGACAGUCUGCACCGGUUUCUCAACACCCGAAUGCCAGCUUUUGACACCGACUUUAUUGGAGCGAACGAGAGGCCGGGCCGCUACCUAGGACGGCUAAUCGAGUGCGUGGUACGACAGUUCUUCGAGGAGCCAAACGCGGAUCUCGUAUCUCUGCUACGCAAGACGUGGCCCGAGCAGGCACCCUUUGCGUCCGAGAAGUACAAUGAUGGCCUUGCCAACGGCCGCUGCAAUGGCACGGAUAGGUCAGCUGAUCAGUGGUCAUUGCCUUGGAGGGAGUCUCUCGAGAUGAUGAGGCGACGGCAGCAGCAGCGGAGAGCAUCCGUCAAUACUGGGGUUAGGUAA